AUGGAAUCAAAUCGUGGUACACAAUCCCAAUAUUGGAUUGAAUCCAGCGUCCGUCUUCCCACCGCCAUUACAAAUUGCUGGACUCCGGUCGGAGAACCAGGUAAGCACCCAGGCUAUUUGAAAAACAGGACCACCGCUGACGGAUCCUUUGUAGAUGAGCAGAAUUCUUCUAGGACACUAUCCAAUCGACCAGCAUCACAUUUGGUUGGAGCCAACCCAAUCCUUCCCGACCCAUUCAAGGGUAUCUCUCUGGCCAGAAACGAAGCACCCAGAGAAAUCGUCGUUGAGCAGCCCAGCUCCCAUGAUCUUGUUAUCCACAAUCCCACGCCACCACUUGGUCCUGAACGUAAAUAUGAACCUUCAACGCGCAAGGUCCAGCUUGAUUUUUGA